AUGAAUGACAGCACCGACAUCUCCAGUCAUGAUCCCCCCUCCGACCCUCCUCGCGCGAGAAAGAGGCGCCGCCGUACGAUGGCCUGCACGCAAUGUCGCAGCCGGAAGCUCCGUUGCGACCGCGAAUAUCCCAUCUGCGGCCGGUGCCAAAAAAGCAAAAACCCCGCGCAAUGUACCUAUGAGGAUGGGUUUCUCUGGCAGCAGCCGAAUACUGUCCCUGCGACUACGGUGUUUUCCGGAGCAACUGGAGGCGCACCUGGAGAGAGUUCUUCAGGGACAACCGCGACGGCUACCACUACCACCAACACUACCAGCACGACAGUACCAGAAAUAACUGUUAACAAUGGUUACAACAAUACCAAUCACAACCCAGCAUCGUUGCCCCAUCUCGUAGAUCGGACUCCCCUCCACACGCCCCCGGACUCGGCGAUAACAGGCUGGGCCUCUCGGGCUCAAGCGCAGACCUCGGGGACCGAACGACGCACGGAAUGCGAAGGGAAAAAAGACCGUUUUUUGGAGACGGUCCUGGGUGCACCCAAAUCUGCUGUCAACCAGGACUCCUAUGUGAAUACCGAGGUGCUGCGGCGCCAUCCUCCGGGUAGUAGUGGGCAUUCGGGGUACUAUCCUGCCUCCUCGCACCACGGUCAUCAUCACUCGGGGACGGCACAUCUUCCGUCACUGCAUCAUCAGCACUGUAGUCAAUACGGCUACGGACACUAUAAUCCCGAGCAGGGCGAGGAGGAUGGUAUGGGAAUAGCAUCGCCGUCGCAGCAACUGGAUCUGGCGCCGCGGAUUAUGAUGCGUGGAAAGGAAACAAGGACCCGGUUUAAUGGGUCAGGGAUAUUGGCCAACGUGAUGGCUCAGUUCCCCGAUAUCAAAUCUUUCGCAGAAGAUAUUCGAGUAUCCAGUCCCCACAUGGCCCAAGUACGACCGGAUUUGGAGCGCGUAAAAAGAGGUCUGUGGAAGAAAUACCCGUUGAACACACCAAUCGCAGUUCCAGAUACAUUUGCGUUGGUUGCAUCGUUGCCAUCACGCCGCGUGGUGGACGAUCUCGUCGUCCUGUACUUGACCUACACGGAAUCUACCCAUCGCAUCCUCCACGUACCUUCGUUCCUCCGUGAACUGGAUCAUUUCUGGGCACAAAAGGACAAUCCAACCCUGGUCUCGCCGGCGUUUGUUGUCGAGUUGAUGUUGGUCCUAGCCUGCGCCUGGAAUCUGGCAGACCCUGAGGUACUCAAGUCUAAGAGUGAGGACACCCUGCAAUGCUAUACGGCUAUCGAGUGGGUAUUGCAUGCGGAGAAAUGGCUGGAGAACGCUAGCAUCAAGCGGCCUGAGAUCACGGCUCUACGGCUGUAUGUGCUUUUGAUCGUUGCUCAGAAUAGUCAUGGCAUGAAACGUAGCCAGGCAUGGCUGUCGACCGGCACGUUAGUGAAGCAGGCUAUGCUGGCUGGGUACCACCGCGAUCCUAGUCGCUACACCAAGAUAUCCGUGUUCAAUAAAGAGAUGCGACGUCGGAUAUGGAACACCAUUGUGGAGUUGGAUCUUCAGGUGGCUAUGGAUCGAGGAAUGGCCCCGACGGCGCAGAUCUCAGACUACGACGCAGGGCCUGCCUUGAACAUCAAUGACAAUGAAAUCCAAGAGACGACCACAGAACUUCCCCAAAGCCGGCCGAUUGGCGAAUUGACCGACUGCUCGUUCCAGACAGUCAUGACGCAGUCGCUGCCACUUCGGCUGAGGAUCUGCCAGUUAAUGCACAGCCCUCGGAUCAGCUGUCAUUACGACGAGAUCCUUCGCAUGGACUGGGAACUAGUCCGGUAUAUGUCGAAGAUCCCCACGUGGGCUACCUCUGACGCAGACGAUCUGCAGACCCAACAUAAAGUGACCAUGAUAAGAGCACUACUGGAGACCCGGAUCGGGCAUUGUCUAUUAUCGCUUCACACACCUUUUGCCAUUGAGGCACCCAAAGAACCGUUGUUUACCCCAUCUGCGCGGGCGCGGUUGGAGGUUGCUACUAUGAUGUUGUCAACGCAGCGACGGUUACACGAAACGGCACGAUCUCUGUCGCUGUGUAACACAGGUGAUUGGACGAUGCAAGCGUUUUGCUCCAUAUGCCAGGCACUUCAUGCCAGUGUUGGCGAUGCUGGUGGCGGCUCCGUAACAUCCCUAACCCGAACGCUCCUCGGCUUCCCCGAAGCCCUGGUCACCCUGGCAGAAGCCAUUCUGAUAUGCCUCGAAGCCCGCUGGCUCCUUGUCGUCAAAGGCGCAAAAGAAUACUUCUUCAUGUCGACAAUCUUGGCAUUAGUCAAGACAAAACUCUGGCCCGCACAAGGGAACAUGUACAAACAAGAGGUGAUUGACCGGGUCAUCACAUUCGCGCAGACGCUUUUCACACGCCAUGCCAAUUGUGCGCAUUUGGGGCCGUUGGGGAUGGGAUGUUUCCAAACCAAUCAGGUUCCGACUUUGACGCCGGGUCCGCCGUUGGCUCCUUCGUUGACGCCUGGGUUUAAUGGGCUUUUGCAAGCGAGUGGGUUGGGGAUCACGCCUCCUGGCGAAUUCGACCCAUUCUUGGAUGUAUAUGAUUUCGAGGAUCUGACAGGGAUCACCUUUGGAGAAUAA